AUGGCGGAUUCGUGCCAGAACCUCACGUACGUGCGGGACUCGGUGGGCCCGGCCACCAGCGCCCUGAUGUUCGUGGCGGGCGUGGUGGGCAACGGGCUGGCGCUGGGCAUCUUGGGGGCGCGGCGACGGUCACGCCCCUCGGCCUUCGCGGUGCUGGUCACCGGGCUGGCGGUCACCGACCUGCUGGGCACGUGCUUCCUGAGUCCAGUGGUGUUCGCGGCCUACGCCCGCAACAGCUCGCUGCUGGGCCUGGCCCGGGGCCGCCCGGCGCUGUGCGAUGCCUUCGCCUUCGCCAUGACCUUCUUCGGCCUGGCCUCCACGCUCAUCCUCUUCGCCAUGGCCGUGGAGCGCUGCCUGGCCCUCAGCCACCCCUACCUCUACGCCCGGCUGGACGGGCCGCGCCGCGCCCGCCUGGCGCUGCCCGCCAUCUACGCCUUCUGCGCCGUCUUCUGCUCGCUGCCCCUGCUGGGCCUGGGCCAACACCAGCAGUACUGCCCGGGCAGCUGGUGCUUCAUCCGUAUGCGCUCGGCCGAGCUGGGCGGCUGCGCAUUCUCGCUGGCCUACGCCAGCCUCGUGGCCCUGCUGGUGGCCACCAUCUUCCUCUGCAACGGCUCGGUCACCCUCAGCCUCUGCCGCAUGUACCGCCAGCAGAGGCGCCACCACGGCUCGCUGGUCCCCAGCCCCCGGGCGGGCGAAGACGAGGUUGACCACCUGAUUCUGCUGGCCCUCAUGACGGGCAUCAUGGCCGUGUGCUCCCUGCCUCUCACGAUCCACGGCUUCACCCAGGCCAUCGCCCCGGACAGCAGUGAGAUGGGGGACCUCCUCGCUUUCCGUUUCAAUGCCUUCAACCCCAUCCUGGAUCCCUGGGUCUUCAUCCUUUUCCGCAAGGCCGUCUUCCAGCGGCUCAAGCUCUGGUUCUGUUGCUUGUGCCUGAGGCCUGGCCCGGGCGACUUGCAGACGUCCCUCUCCCAGCCGGCCUCGGGGAGGAAGGGCUCAAGGGCCCCCACUGCUCUCGGGGGGAAGGAUGGGAGCUGGGUGCAUUCGUCAGCCUGGGGCGAGGGGCAGGGGGCACCCUUGCCUGUCCUACAGCCAUCCAGCAGCACCGUGGGAACACCGUCCAAAGUGGGGUCCGAGACAGCCUGCUCCCUCUGCUGA